UGAUGCGGCAAAGUUGGCGGAGGUAAACAAAUCCUGUCAUUGAGAAAGCAAGAGACAGAAAUGGAAGAAAUGGUAGUGGAGUCCGCUCCAUUGGCUAUUCCAGAGGAUGAUCUAAAGAGCAAAGACGAUGGUAUGCAUUUAAUUAUUGAACCUGGCUGUACGUUAGCAGUAUUACGCGAAUACAUGAAUAUGUCAUGUCUGUCUGAAAAGUGUCAGUUUGUGCAAACCACAGAUGAAAUUCAAGAGAUAUGCCAAGAAUUUAUAACUAUUUUGCGCAAAGAGGAACUUAACCUGGAUGAAAUAACAACAUUGUUUGUGGCUGCUUGUAUGUGUUACUUUGUUAACGCCAAGCCGGAAAACUAUGAGUGGCGCUCGCAAUUGCUACAGAAGACAUUCCAGUAUGUGGAUACACUGAGUCCCAUGCACCUUCACAUAGCUACCAAACGCUUAUGGAAUGCUCUGAAAACCGAUGAGAUUGAUUAUGUUUUCAAUUUAAUUACAAUAUGUCAUCAAUUAUCAUCGGCAAGCGAAACUGGACGUGCCAUUGCUAUAUGUUUGAUAUGGACUAUACUCUUUAAGAUAACCGAAACAAGAAUUCAAAUGUAUUGCUUUCACGAAUUCAGUGAGUUAAUGAAAAUUCUCAAUGAACUUGAUGAUCAGCUACUGCUGAAGGAGGAAAACUUACGCAUAGUCUACAUAUUGAUACAGAGUGUAGGUUUUUUGGUCAAUGCCAUAGUGUUUGGGCAAAAUGAUGAUUUUAAAAAAGCUGGCUAUCGUAAUUAUUUCUCUUACACUAAACGAGAACUGGAAAAAUUGAAAAAAUAUGCCGAACGUUUAUCGGGUUUAUUGAAAGUUAACAUCUCCGCAGCUGAAAAUAAUUAUGAAUUGAGAAUGACGAUAAGCGAAUACAUAAAUGUUAAUAUCAUUGGAGUGUUGCAGGAGAAAAUUUCCGAAAUGCAAUCGAGCAAAUAAAGAAGAAAUAAUAUUUUUAUAUAA